AUGAAGCUCACCCCGCAGUCUCUCCACUUCUUCAUCCCUCUCCUCCUAGCCGCCCUCCCACUCCAAACCCAUGCAAUCUGUGCCGACGGCGAGUGCAGCGGCGCCGAGGGCGUCAUAUACGCCAACAACUGCCACUACAUUGCGACGGGGUCGCUGCAAGGAUAUUGCCAUGGCGGCUGGCUGUCCGGGUACAAUAUCGUACAUUAUCGAGUGUAG